AUGGACGUAUAUUUAUCAUCGGAAUCCGAAGAUGACGAAAUUUUACUUUUGGCAGAAAUAGUGGCAGAUGAUGAAGAACGUAAAAGAAAGAAAAAAAGAAAAUGUUGGGUCCAUAGUAUUAAUAAGGAACGAGAGGUAUCUGGCGAGUAUUGUACUCUAAUGCCUGAAUUAAGAAAGGACCCAGAAAGGUUUCACAUAUAUUUUAGAAUGACUCCAAAGUGUUUUGAUCAAGUUUUGGGAUGGAUUAUCGAUGACAUUCAAAAAAUGCCAACAAACUUUCGUAAUCCAAUACCACCAUCGGAACGGCUAGCGAUUUCACUAAGGUAUGAUUUUGUAAUAUUAUAA